AUGGCUAGAUAUUGGUGCAAGACAUGUUCUAAGGCCAGUGCGGGCCAUAGGGCUGCAAUAAACCGUUUAGUGAGAGGGUUUCGAGAAAAGCAACAGGAGCUAGAGAAACUUACACGACAGGCCGAGAAGGAGCUAAUCCGAGCGAGAGAGAAAUCUCCAAUUCGGCAACAAAGCCUUCCGGUUGCACAGCCAGUGAAUGAACAUCAUUAUGAGUCCGAACGGCCAGCAUACUCGGUGCCUACAGGGAUCCGAGAAAGGAAGAUCACUAAAUCUGAAAAAGAGCUAAGAGAGUGGGGGCUGAACGAAAAACCAAUUGACGAGGAGCUCUCGAGCGAUUCGGACACAGAACGCAAAGAGCCCAAACCCAAACCCACGUUCAAAAAAAGAAUACCGAAGAACCAGCACAGUUAG